AUGUCUAUAGAACAGGGAUCAGUGCUUCUUUCGCAGAAAAAGACACCACUAUGUGCGCGAUGCAAGCACCAUGGUGUUCGGACCACACUGAAAGGGCAUAAAAGAUUUUGUAAGUGGAAGGAUUGUGAGUGUCAAAACUGUAUUUUGAUAACUAAGAGAAGACGGAUAAUGGCUGCCCAAGUAGCUAUAAGACGGCGAACAAAUGAUCGGCUGCUUGUGGAGGAUUCUCAGCAGACAGCGUGUAAACAAGAUUUUCGGUCUUCACGUGGUGAGUUCAAUCAGACUUUAGGUAAUUCCAGACUUUUAGCCGGUAUCAAAUCGGUCUUUCGGAUCUCAUUUGUUAACCAACCGAAGAAAUUUCGUAAGUGGUGCUUUGGUUUAAGAGACUUUCUUUCAGCCCAUAAUCUACCGAAACGACUACCCCAUCACAAAAUCGUUCUCAACACGUAUGUAUGUUAUAGAGGCUGCACGCGUCCCACUGUAUAAAAUUGAUGAUGAAACUCAAGUUCGUGUAUGACAGUAUUUUUUCUUACAUGAUAUCCACAGAAAACCUGUUUAUCCAGGAAUCUAAGUGUGGUGGCAGUUUCUGAAUUUUGUGAGAAAAGGACACCAGAGAAAUAUUAUUGCAUCGUUAUAGAGAAAGGAAUUGCUGCCUUCAGUAAGGGUCAGUAAGGAAACGCAGGCAGUCGCCUCCGAUUUAAAAGGAACGCAACUCAAAGAGACUUUGCUUUAUAAUGUUAUACAAUCGAUCGACUAGAUCUUCCUUAAGUUUCUCAUAAAAGAAAAAAAUCCUUUGUUUAUUUCCAGCGUCUAGAUUCUCUUUUUUGAUUUUUGUGUAAUUUUGUGUCUUUUUGUGGAAGGGGAUUCUCAGCUUAACUUCCAGUCGUUUCAGAUAUCCUUUCAACACAAGCCCAGACAGGAGUCACGAACGUUUUUGAGGUUCAUUUUGAUUAUUAGGAUUUAUUCGCUACUUUCUAUUCCUGAACGUUUCCGAAAUUGUACUAUAAUUAUAAAGUAACUGCUGUUAAUUAACUAUUUCAGCCCUACCCAAAAACUCCUCAGACCACCCAGAACCGUCGGGCUUUGAGGCAGCUCCACGACUUGCCGACUCCAACAGGGUAACGAGAAGUUUGGGGAUUCUUGCAAGCCUAUUCCCAGAUAUCUCUGAGAUAUUCCUAUCGACUCUGUUAGAAGCACGUGACUUUGAUCUGUUGUCAACCCUUGAGACAUUGAUUGGCAUGGCCAGACAAGGAAACAUUGUUCUCGGUUCAUUUCCCUCUGUCAUAAUACAUCCAGGUCCGUUUAUAUUAAUAUAAAUAUUUCUGUAGAUUCUAUCAACUUUGACACACCUUCAACCACAAACUUGUUCUGGUUGAGGAAUCUAGGCUACCUUUGAGUUCGAUCAAGUUAAUCAGACAUAUUACUCUUCAGGUUUGUGAAUUGGGUGGGGGUUAAAUCAAGCUUUGUACAGAGGGAAAAAUUCUUACCAGUGUGAAGAUCUGCAAAAUAUGUUUUUUCAGUACCCACAUUGUCUUCAAAAGUUGAGUGGGGUAGUUAGCUUUAAAUUUAAAGUGGCUUUUAUAAAUGAAAGGGUGUUUACAAGAAUGGACAAAUAGCUUACCAUAAUAGAAGUGCAAUACUGAAAAACUCAACAUUCUUGCUGCCUCUUUGUUAUUUAAACAGUCAUCACACUAGCAGGCAACACACAACCAUGGAAUGACUAUGCUGCAGCUCAGGCUUUGAUGUCUCUUUCCAGUUAAUGGAGAAGUUUCUAUGGACACCAGAAAGGGUUUUUUGUGUAUUGUCACUCUUAAGCACUAUUUGGAGUGUAACAGGUUUAGUUUUCAAAAUAUUUGUGUUCAAUGAUCUUGAAAAACAGACAUUAUUUUGUAUAGUUUUCUUAAACAUUGUGUUAAUGGCU